AUGCGUUCAUCAACUUUGUUAUCACUCGUUGCUCUUGCUGCACACGCACAAGCCGUCAAACUCAGUAAAACGGAGUUCAGCGUGUUGGUGUCUUCGAGACCUGCGUUGAUUCUGUUCAAAGCAGACGGCUGCAAGGAGUGUGAUAGAGUUCAAGCAGUUCUGGACAGGGCGUCGCCAGCACUCACAAACACUGCCAUUGCUUCUGUCAACUGCAACGACGAACCAACCGUGUGCGAUGACUCUCAGGUCUUCACAGUCCCCACGUUGAAGUUUACAACCGGCAACAAAAAGCUGGUCACUUACAAAGAAGGUUUAGACGCGUCAUCGGUUGUCAAAUAUAUCGAGCGGCAAUCGGGUUCUCCCGUUGUAGAUCUUACCGAAGAGAACCGUCUCGAUUUCGCGAGGUCAUCUCGAGUGGCAGUCAUUGCCUUUCUUGGUUCGGACAAUCAGCUUGAGCGCAAGACCUUUGACGCUGUCGCUGAGAAAUGGAGAGCGCAUUACAGUUUUGGUUCUGUUUAUGGCCUUGAGAAAGACAGCAAGGGUCCUUCCAUUGCUGUUUAUACUCAAGAGGAAGAGGACCCAGUUUACUACCGCGGGCCUUUCACCGUCACGAGUGUCGAGGCCUUUUUGCACGAUGCAACCCAGCCGCUGAUUCGCGAAUAUGAUCCCAUCGUUCAUGAAGAAGCGAUGAAGGGGGAGAAACCACUGGCCCAGAUAUUCUUCAACAACCGCGACGAUCGCGCUGAGCUUGUCAAGUCUCUGGCUUCUCUUGCUAAGAAGUACAAGGACCAGCUUUCCUUCGUGACGGUCCUUGCGGCAGAUUACCCCAAGAGAUGCGAGCAGAUGCAUCUCAGCAAAGACAUCAAGCGUGGUUUCGCCAUUGCAAAUCAACACGGUAGAGCGUAUCCCAUGUCUGAAAAGGUGUUCAACGCCAAUAGGAUCACUAAGCAUGUAGCUGCUUACCUGGCUGGCUCAUUAACACCUAGCAUCAAGUCAGAGCCAGUGCCCGAGGAGUCGACUUCACAGCCUUUCUUGACAAAGUUGGUGGGCAGUAAUUUUGACGACUUGGUUUUUGACACGUCUAAGGAUGUCUUGGUUGAGUUCUACGUACCGUGGUGUCAAUACUGUAUCGAUUUACACGCUGUGCUGAACCAGCUUGGUUCCAAGUACGCAGAGCUUGGGCUUUCCGACAAAGCUGCUCUGGCUACGAUUAACGUCGAUGCGAAUGAUGUACCAAUUGAGAUUGACUCGUAUCCUUCCAUCAGAUUGUAUCGUGCUGGCACAAAUGAGAUUGUGUCUUUCAAAGGCAACUUUACUGAGAUGUUGACGCUAGAAGAGUUAGAUAGUUUUGUCUCUCAGGAAGGAAGUCAUGGAGUCAGCGCAUUCAAUGGGAACAAAGCUCAUGACGAGCUGUAG